CAGACAUGGCACUCACAAUAGAGCCGGAUCCCACCCUGGCCUACCCCCAACACAGCUUCCACGAAAGCUUCUCCUUCGUGAUAGUGUUCGGGCAGUUCUUCGGCAUCAUGCCUCUCUACGGCAUGACCAGAAAAAACAUACAAGACGUCCAGUUCAAGUGGAAGUCCUUCCGCUUCCUCUACGCCUGCUACAACAUCGCUGGGGCCUUCGUAAUGGGAGCAUUUUGCAUCCUCAAGUUCGCCCUCCACGGCUUGAUGCUGGAUCAAGCAGGUCCCACGUCCUUCUACAUCCUCAAUUUCUGCGGCGCCGUCCAGUUCAUAGUCCUGGCUAAGAACUGGUCCAACGUGCUCAAGGAGUGGUCCUUGAUGGAGAUGUCCAUGCGGGGCUACGGCUCCGUGGUCACCAUGAAGCGACGCCACAUGAUAAUGACCACGGUGGUGAUGACUCUAGCCCUCGCUGAGCACCUACUCUUCAUAGGCAACGCCUUCACCAUGGGGCAACACUGCGGCAACUUCAGCCUGGAUUCCUCUGACGAAAUCUACUUCGAGCUAGCUUUCCCGUCGGUUUUCAAAGUCAUCGAAUACUCCCCUUGGAAGGCCUUCUUCGUCGAGUUGGCGAACGUCAUCAGCACCGUCACUUGGAACUACACCGACCUCUUCAUCAUGCUAAUCAGUUGCUCUCUAGCGGCUCGCUUCGCUCAAAUUAAUCGCAGACUUAAGACAAAUCGGGUCAUGCACGAGAAAUUCUGGAAGGAAAUCCGCGAGGAUUAUAGCAAAGUGGCUCAUUUGGUGCAAGUUGUGGAUAAACAUCUAGCGGCUUUGGUCACCAUCUCCUUCUUUAACAACGCCUUCUUUCUUUGCGUGCAGUUGUACAAUAGUUUGAAGAUUCGGUCUACUCCAGUGGAGACUAUUUAUUAUUUUUAUUCGUUUGGGUUUCUGGUGGCUAGGACUAUAGCGGUGACGCUGUAUGGGGCUUGGAUUAACGAUGAGAGUAGGAAGCCACUUGAAGUUCUUCAUUCGAUUCCAUCGGAAUAUUACUGUGAAGAGAUUGCUCGCAUGAUUCACCAAAUUAACGCUUCGCCUGUUGGGAUAACAGGAUCGAGAUUUUUUAUGAUAACUAGAAGCUUUCUCCUAAAGAUGGCCUCAACCAUUGUCACAUUCGAACUAAUGUUCCUCCAGUUCGGUCCCUUAGUGCGCCCAGGCUCAACAACAUCAGAGUGCGUAAUUUAG